GCAAAGUCUCAUAGCACGAGCCAUCGCACGUCAACCGACGAGAACGUGCAGCUACGCCCAGAAUGUCCACGAUGAUCACCUUCGCCGCCAAUAACGAGUUCUUCAGGAAGCGCAAACGAGUUCACCGCGCCUGCGAAUCAUGCAAAAAGCGGAGAAAGCGCUGCAGCCAUACUUUCGACGACGAACAUAUUGACGCCGAAAAAAAUGACGGAAGUCUUUCCCAUAGCGGGAAUGCGCCCCAUGCUUCUACGGCAAACCCCCAUUACCCUUCUCACGAUCCCAGAGGGCCCCGUGGGGACUCGCAGAGUUAUGGCCACCACUCCACUAUGCUACCGCCCCUCAGCCCGGCGACAGAGGAUCCACACACAGCGCAAACUCCACCCAACUUCCUUGGCUACCUGAAUCCUGAAGCCGUCUUGCGGGAACAGGUCCAUUCUGAACGUGGGAAGACGGCUCAAUCCCCAAGCAAUCCUCCCAUCGGCCAAUGGAUCGAAGAACAGGACCAGAGACCGGCCUCGACGCAGCCUGGGUCGGCCUUGUCGCGCAUCAAUGAGACAGGUCCGCAAACUGCCCAGGGGGUCAAAGUCUCUAUAGCCCUCAAAAACUUCUUAGAUGCAGUAGGCGUUGAUCUCCUGCCCUCGCGCAGGCAUCAAGAGGUCCUUCUCGACAUCUACUUCGCUUACGUUCACCCAUUGCUUCCGCUAGUCGACAAGGAUCUCUUCUAUGAGCAGUACGAGCAAGGUAGAGAACCGCGCAUGCUAAUGCAGGCCAUUUGCAUCGUAGCCUCGAAACACGCGAAUGCAGCAGAGGCUCUAUGUCUAAAUCCCGACCUUCAACCGCUCAGCCCACGCGAGUUCUCUCAAAGGCUGUAUAAUGCCGUCAUUGUCGGCAUUGAAGCGAAGCUUGAGAAGAACCGUGUCGUUCUGAUUCAAGUACUAGCCCUGAUAUCCCUUCACUGCGAAGGUCCUGAUGGUGCCGAGCAAGCCUCCAUGCACUUGGCCCAAGCCAUCCACCAUGCACACACAUUCGGUCUGCAAUUUGGCCACCAAUGGAAGAACCAGAGCUCCGAGUCCCAGGGGAACUUGGAAGAUGUCUUUUGGUGUCUGUGGAGCCUGGACAAAAUCAACGCCUGUAUGAACGGCAGGCCCUUACUUAUGCACGACCGCGACAAUAGCUUGAGGCAACUACCCAGCGACCCAGAGAAGAGGUCUAGUCCUUUUGGCAUCUGGCUGCAGAUCUCGGAGAUGCUGGACAAGGUCAUCGAUUACUACAGGCCAGGGAAGGCAUCAGAAGAGACAGGCUGGGAAGGGGAUGACUUCUUGGGAUUCGAGGAGAUGGUGGGUGACGGAGAGGACAAGCUAGAUGGUCCAAUCAUGAGUCUCCUCUCACUCUUUCAUCACACCAUGUGCAUGGCCUCUCACAAGUCGCUCUCCAUCAACGCUCCUGUAAAGUCUACCCCCUCAUACGUCCGACAGAGCCUCUCUGCCACACGAGUAAUUCACCUCCUCAACGCCGAAUCUCCAGAACUACUUCCACCGCUUCCUCUCGUACCCUACGCCCUCGGAGUAGCUCAGAGCGUAGUGUACCGCCACUUCCGAUCUCGUCGUCUUAAAGUUCACGUGAAACGCGCCACCGAGGAGCUGAAGCAAUGCGUCCGCCUUCUCGAUCGCUUGCGCAACGCGUGGUGGUCGGCAGGCACGAUGGCAGACCUGGGACGCGCAGUUCUUAGCAAUGCAGCAGGACGAGCCACGAACGCCGCCAACACGCCCGCGCCCGUUGCUAUAGAGCCCCGUCAGACUGAACCAAAGACUGAACCACCAACACCAAAAAGCACACAUAGCGGACAAAUAUCAUUACCCAACGCGACGCAGCAAUGGCCGCAAAAUCUCGACACACAGAUCGACCCUCGUCUCCAAUUACAACAACCACCUGCACCCAUUACAAGCCUCCUUAACCCCACUCCCGCACCUACCCCCGGUCAACACCCAACGAGCAGCGAGCGCGCGGAUCGAGCGCCCAUGCCGCCUACCGGGUUUGGUUUUGCAGAGCAAUCGCCCGAUUGGCUAAACUUCGACAAUGCGUUUGAGAAUUUUGAGGGCUUGUUGGGAAGUUCUGGUGCGGAUCUGAGCAAUGAGCUAUUCAGGCCGCUUAACUAUGAAACGCUCGAGGGGUUCCUAGAUCCUGCUGCGUGAAAGAGGGUGUAUGAAUAGGACAGGAGGGUGGUAGACUAUCUUCUCUAUCUUGAGUCUUUUUCGGGGUAUUUGAGUGGACCGCUGUGGUCAUCUUGAGCCUUAGGAGACUUUGUCAUAGGGGUGUAAUAACUUGGGUUAGACCUGCCGAAGGUUUGGACUAUAUCUGUGUACUGAGACCUCAACGAACUCAAACACGCACAUGCUGCUAGGAUAUGGUAGUAAAAUCCGCCAAACACAUAGAUCAAGAUGACUGGAGAUUGUAAGAAUACAUAGAGAAUCAUUUCACCAACGCACGCCAUUACAACCCGCACACUAAUCAUUUUAACCCAUAUAUACGCUCCCCAA